CCCCAGGGCGGGGACUGGCUGGCUCAGGGGCAGGCAAUGGGACCCACUAACCCCUGUCUCCCCAGAGCCCCCUGAGGUGACCGUGUUCCCCGAAGACCCCGUGGAGCUGGGGGAGCCCAACGUCCUGAUCUGCUUCGUGGACAAGUUCUCCCCACCGGUGCUCCGCAUGACAUGGCUGAAGAACGGGCAGGAGGUGACCGAGGGCGUCUCCGAGACCGACUUCUACCCCCGCCCGGACAACUCCUUCCGCAAGUUUUCCUACCUGCCCUUCCUCCCCAGCCAGGGCGACUUCUACGACUGCCGGGUGGAGCACUGGGGGCUGCCCGAGCCCUUCACGAAGCACUGGGGUAAGGCCGGGGCGCCCGGGGACCCCACUGGGCACAGGGCUGGGAGCCAGGACUCCUGGGUUCUAUCCCAGCUCUGGGAGGGAAGG